GUUUUCGAGGGGGCGGGACCCGCGGCCGCUCUGCCCCGCCCAGCCCCGCGGCGCUCAGUCGGGCGGCGGCGGCGGGCGGAGGAGGAGGCGGAGGCGGCGGCUCCGCCGGGCUGAGGAGCGGACGCGGGAGGCGGCUCGGGAUCGCGACACGAUGAGGCGGGUGGUACGACAGAGCAAAUUCCGGCACGUCUUCGGCCAGGCGGUGAAGAACGACCAGUGCUACGACGACAUCCGCGUGUCCCGCGUCACCUGGGACAGCUCCUUCUGCGCCGUCAACCCCCGCUUCGUGGCCAUCAUCGUGGAUGCCAGCGGUGGGGGAGCCUUCCUGGUGCUGCCUCUGCACAAGACAGGCAGGAUUGACAAGUCCUACCCCACAGUGUGUGGCCACACGGGGCCGGUGCUGGACAUCGACUGGUGUCCCCACAAUGACCAGGUCAUCGCCAGCGGCUCCGAGGACUGCACGGUCAUGGUGUGGCAGAUUCCCGAGAACGGGCUCACCCUGUCCCUGACAGAGCCCGUGGUAGUGCUAGAAGGCCAUUCCAAGAGAGUUGGCAUCGUGGCCUGGCAUCCGACGGCGCGGAACGUGCUGCUCAGUGCAGGCUGUGAUAAUGCCAUCAUCAUCUGGAAUGUGGGAACAGGAGAAGCCCUCAUCAACCUGGAUGACAUGCACGUGGAUAUGAUCUACAACGUGAGCUGGAAUCGCAACGGCAGCCUCAUCUGCACAGCUUCCAAAGACAAAAAAGUCCGAGUUAUCGACCCCAGGAAACAAGAAAUUGUUGCUGAGAAGGAGAAAACCCACGAGGGAGCCCGGCCCAUGCGAGCCAUUUUCCUGGCGGAUGGGAACAUCUUCACCACCGGCUUCAGCCGCAUGAGCGAGCGGCAGCUGGCCCUGUGGAACCCGAAAAACAUGGAGGAGCCAAUAGCCCUUCACGAGAUGGACACCAGCAAUGGGGUCCUGCUGCCCUUCUACGACCCAGACACCAACAUCAUUUACCUGUGUGGGAAGGGUGACAGCAGCAUCCGCUACUUCGAGAUCACGGAUGAGUCCCCGUACGUUCACUACCUCAACACCUUCAGCAGCAAAGAGCCGCAGAGGGGCAUGGGGUUCAUGCCAAAGAGGGGCCUCGACGUCAACAAGUGUGAGAUUGCCAGGUUCUUCAAGCUCCACGAGAGGAAGUGUGAGCCCAUCAUCAUGACGGUUCCCCGCAAGUCUGACCUCUUCCAGGACGACCUGUACCCGGACACAGCCGGCCCGGAAGCAGCUCUGGAAGCAGAGGAGUGGUUUGAGGGGAAGAACGCUGAUCCUCUCCUCAUCUCCUUGAAGCACGGGUACAUUCCAGGCAAAAACAGGGAUCUCAAGGUGGUCAAGAAGAACAUACUGGACAACAAACCUGCUGGGAACAAGAAGAGUGAUCUCAUAAACGCUCCAAAGAAAGCAGCGGAUGCCUCAAAUUCCCAAAACGACGCCAAAUUGGACGAGAUUCUGAAGGAGCUGAAAUCCAUCAAGGACACGAUCUCCAACCAGGACGAGCGCAUCUCCAAGCUGGAGCAGCAGAUGGCCAAGAUCGCGGACUGACGGGGCCGCCAGCCCAGGCACAUCCCAGCUCCCAGUUCAGCCAGCAGCAGCCUGCAGCAUUCCAGUACGAGCUUUCCUGUUCUCCUAAAUCCACGUCAACGAGAGCCGAUGAUUUCAAGCCAAGCUUUUUAGUGAAAGAUCUUUUUCGUUUCCCGAUGUUCCGAUGAAUUUCUGUGACUGUGUCAAAAACAAGAAGUGCUACUUUUACAGUUUUUUUGGGUUUUUUUUUUCCAGAUGCUAUUAUGAAUCCUAGAAAAACAAAUCCGUUCUUGACUUCCGAUGUCAUGCCCAAAUAUCUUUUUCUAGAUUUAGGGACCAACGCCACAUUGUUCUUAACCUUUUUUUUUUUUUUUUUUUUUUAGAGUUGCCAAAAAAUAGAAAAAAAAAUCGCUUUUAUUUUUCUUAUUUGCCACUUUUGCAGUAUUUGUGUUUCCAUUCCAAGGGACGGGGGUGUGGGGGGUGUUUACACUGUGCAGAGAACAAAGCUGAAGCUAUUUUGUAUAAAUCCUCCAUUUGGAACAA